UUUGCCGUUUGAGACGACCUCUGACCUGGUUGGGAGAGCGGCUGGCGCUGGCUCUCACCACGUCGGCGGUGGAUACAGGGGUGGCACGGCCGCAAAAGGGCAGAGUCCAUACACUAAACCGAACCGACAUAUGCUGGUUCGACGGCAGGCCCGUGUGCGCACACGUGAUAGUCUCGCUGUUACUUCGGUUAGUCCAACGACGCAGGCCCAAAUAGGUCAUGCGAACGUUUGCUCUAGUCCAACGGAGACGAUCGGGAAAGCAACGGUGUCGACGAUCACGUCCACGACGAUCACUUCUACGGCCCUACUAGAGACUGUGAGACCUCAACUCAACGUAUCGAACUUCCUCAUGAUCGGUUCGCAUUCUGGGUUGGGAGUGGAGCCGCAGACGCCGUCCGGUGACUUCUUGGUUUACGAUCGCGCUGCGCCCGAGGAAGACCUCUAUGGUUGGGACGAGGAGCUUGAGCGACAUCUGACGACUGGAAGCGUCCCGGUGGGCCCUGGUCAAUUUCGUGACCCCGACGCAGUCGAUGGUCGUCGGCACGCUAGGGCCAGCGGGCCCCGUCGCAAUCUGUUACGACGCGUCUUCCACAGGAGCCAUGCAUCGCAAGACGCCGUUACCUCCGAGUCUCGACGGACGAGCAACUCGUCACUCUAAUAAGCGCGACCUAUGUAUUUUAUUUUCUCUCUCUCUCUUUUUCCUUCCUCUUUUUCCUUCUUUUUUGAUACCCUACUUGCACAGAAUUUUUCAGGGCUCGAUACUUUUCCUUCUCCAUCUACGGUUUGCAGUAACGGGUUUCAAAACGUUUGGUGGCGCACAGGGAUGGGAGGGCCAUGUCAUCAACAGCAUUUUAACGAAUACCGGGGGGGCAUA